AUGCUUCGCACUUUCGUGCUCAUCAGGAUACGGAUUGGGGAGAGUUAUUCCUGUUCCGAUUCUGGAACCUACGUUAAUGGUCGUGUAUUUAUGUCAUCUCUGAAAAACCUAGAACUGCACCUACAACUAAGAAAUGAUCUUGUCAAGCACAUUGAUGCCCGUCCUGGUAGAGGAGGCGCGACAGGGGACUUGUCUAGUUUGGAGGGUUCAGAUAUGGAAUACGUGGUACUUCCAUCAUCAGAAGGAGAUUAUGAUGAUACAGACUUAGAAGAAGAAGUUGUUCUUGGCCAAAACGAGGAUGGAUCAUUUGAUUAUUAUGGAUAUUACAAUUAUCAAAUCCCAGAUGACUUUGAACAUGCAGUUGAACAUGGUCAUGCAGACGGACAUGUGGGAGACGAAUAUCAACAUGAUGGAGAUUACGAUGAGGAUUCUGGCGAUGAGGAGGAUUCAGACGAUAAUGCUGAGGAUGAUGAUAAUGAGGAGUACGAUGAGGAGUACGAUGAUGAUGACGAUGAUGCUCCGUACGAUGAUGCGGAUGAAGACAAAUUGAUAGUUAGUUUAUGGGUUGAAGUUCAUCUAGAAAAUGAAGAAGAAGAUGAACAACUAAAUAACACAAACCUAUUGGAGCAGUUGCUGCAAAGGUUGACUAUACAUAACGGGAAUCCUAAUGAACGCACGAUUAAGUAUCUGAAAACAAGGUUAAACGUUAUAACUUCAGAGGAGCAAUCUGCUAUGGAUAGUUACAAAAAAAAGGAGGGGAAACCUUUUAGAUUUUUUAACUGCUAUGUGAUUUUGAAAAACAGUUUCUCAGAGUAUAACCCUUCCCCUUUUGAAGAUUCAUCCCCCGAAUCAUCAGAUGAAGAGUAA